UCGCAAGAGUGCUCGACGCAAUACGUGAAUUGGAGACAAAGAUCCCUACGGCAAGAGGGACACGGAUAGUGACGGGUCGGCAGCCUUGCCACCUCCUUACGGGAAGCUACUGGCUGAAAUGUGGAGAGAACAAAAAGAAUGCCUCGCACGUGGCACACGACUUGACGAAAAGCAGGAAAUAAUUCACGAACUUGCGAAGACUGGUAGCAUGCUUCUGAAAACGAACGACGGAAAGUUGGGAGAUGUCGCGAGGGCAAUCGGCGGCACCUUGGUGUCACCGCCUUUAGACCUGAGCGACCUCGAGCAACACUUCCCAACCAAAAAACGCUUUCCAGACUUGACGAAUCUCAUAGACAUAAUAGACAAUGGUGUGCCAGCGAAAACGCACGACAGCCCGCCAAACCUCGAGAGCGCUCUGCGAUACGGAAAUCACAGUACGAUAGACGCCCUGGUGUGGAAGAAGCUGAUAGACGACGUCAAACAGAACAGAUGCCUCGUAUUCAACGUAGCGGACGUAACUUGCAUGAAGGGCGUUCGCGUAUCGCCGCUAGGAGCAGUGGUAGGGAAAAAAAUCAGAAUCAUCAACGAGUUUUCUUUUGACCCCAAGCUGCUGCGCGGACAGAAGGGAGGAGUCAACGUCGAUACAUACGGUAACGGAAGAAGUACCAGACUGUUUGUGCGGAGAGACUCUACCUGCUUUCCUUUCUAAAAUAACGCGCUUGAGAGUCAAAUGGCCUGACAAGAGGAUACCAGUGCCCACGGCGGACGUGAACAACGCUUACCGAAGCGUGAGAGUUGCGCCAGACGAUGCACAAAAAUUCUGCUUUGUGAUAGGAGACGUACUAAAUAGUCGCCGACUUCAGACUGACGUUUGGAUGGGCAGGUUCGCCCGGUUUUUGGGGAGUCAUGGCGUCCGCUGCUGAACACUCACACCGCAACACCAACGUACACAACANAUUAUUAGUAGACGAAGGAAUCGAAAUGAUGUCACAUGUGAAAAUAGUCGAGCCGUGGGAAGACGGACAACCCGCCCGAGUGCCCCGAGAUGCCAACGUGAAACCGCGUGACGGAGGCGAACCACACGAUGAUUUCUCGUAUUGGGUGUACGUAGACGAUUUCGCUUUACUGAAAGUACAACAUGCGCCAGACGACGCAUCAGCGCUGGUAGCCUCCGCGUCAUUAGCGUCUGACUGUGUGAGACUCGUCGGGCCAGCAGAGGGGGGCCAAACGCCCAUUCUUGCCCCGAAGAACAGCACAGACUGAAACACGAGAGCGAAUUUUCUCGGACACACGGUAGACACCCAUAAAAUGACGAUCGCGACAGCACGUGAAAGGAUCGACGCGAUAAGGACCGCGCUAGAGAACGAUUGGCCACAGACCAGAGAAUUCGCCAGUGUGCAAGAAGUCCUGAGUAUGGCGGGAAAACUCUGGAACCUGACGUACGUCAUGAGGGCGGGGAAAUAUUUCGUAUGGCACCUCUUACGCCUCACCGGCCUACGCGACAAGACUAACAGACAGUCAAGAGAAAAGUGGCAGAUACGUCUUGGUUGGGAGUUCCACGGAGACCUAAACUUCUGGAGAUGGGCGCUGGAAGUUAAACUCGCGGAGAAUGGAGUCACUUAGCGCGUUUUUCUUUAACCACGUCCAACGCACGCCUCUCCGUCAUUACCUAUCGGAUGCUGGCUUCAACGCGGUAGGCGGACACUGUCCCGAACUAAAAGUGUUCUGGCGGUAUCGAUUUAAACCCGCGUUUACCGCGGAGCUGAAAAGGAAAGCAGAAGCCAAAGAAACCAGCGCAAUCACCAUCAACACGCUAGAACUGCUCGGAAUGAUAAUUACAUGCUGGGUGGUCCAAAUGGUCGUGGGAGAAAAGCCGACGCAACCCGGACAAACUAUCAUGAUGAGGGGAGACAACGUGUCGGCGGUAUCAUGGGCAAACAGAUGCGGGGGCUCGAGAGAUAGGCGAGCGGGACUGCUCAUGAGACUGCUUGGUCGUAUGGAGAUUGAAAACGGAUGGUGUCACGUGGCG